AUGCGUCGCUACUCAAUUGCUCUCCCGGGCUUCCGCAGUCUUCAACUGCCCUUGCCCAAACUGCUGUGUUUGCCGUCCACAUUCGGCUCCGCGGCUAGCGACUUCCGUUCCCAAUUUGGCAGCGUGCAGAUCACGCGAAGCUUCGCGCUCUAUGGCGUAAACCUGCGCGCACCGGAGCAGGAAUUUGGGCGGGAACGUGUCGAACGUGAUGCUGACGAGGUUCUGCGCGCAGCCGACGCGCUCGCGCUGGAGGAGUUCUCGGUGUUAGGCUGCAGCCACGGCGCCAAUGUGAGCGCUGUACUAGCGGCCAAGCACCCCGAGCGAGUAUCGCGCCUAGUGCUGGUGAACGGCAACGCUUUUGUGAGCGAUGAGGACCUAGAGGACAUGGAGGAGCACGCCGAUGUGACCGCGUGGCCCAAGGAGAUGCGUGAGGCAGCUAUAGCAAAGUUUGGUGCCGAGAACCUUCAGAUCAAGUGGGCCGAGAUGCUCGAAGCGCUUCGUCAGGUGGAGCGUGAGGACGGCGGCGAUCUUAUCUGCGGCCAUCUGCCGUACAUUAAGUGUAAAACGCUCGUGGUCGCCGGCGGCCAGGAUAAUUUCGUGCCUCCGUUCCACAGCGAGUACCUGAGCGAGCGUAUCAUGCACUCCCGACUCGAAGUGUUGGCCGAGGGCGGCAAUGACCUCGUCCUGUCCGAAGCCGAACGCUUCAACACGCUCCUAGAGACUUUUCUGACGGAGCCUGACGACAAGCUGACGCAGAGCCGAGAAUUCGUGGCCGUACCUUCAAGGGCGUAACUAUUAUAGUUAGAGUAACAAGCCGGUCCCCCAGUACUACUGGGCCAGCACACAGUCAAACAACGCACACACA